CCGGCACAGCAACUUUCCUCUUCAUCAACCAUACCACACAACUGAAAUACCGAUGCGCCCCAGAGAAUUAAUCAACCGAACCACCGGCGCAGAUAAUCCGAAUCCCUUCAACUGUCUGUUGCUUCUCCGCGUAGACUUUUUUUUUAAAAAUUUUUCAUAUUGAUAUUUGAUUCUCAGUUCAUUGGAAAUCUCAAGUCAAUUCCAGCCCUGUUGAUUUUGUUUUGAAAAUCAUCCGAGAAGAAAUAGAUUGAGGAAACCAUUGUUGGACGGGAAGUUUCUCAGAUUCCGGCGAUCGCAAUGCCCGUUGCCGACAGCCAUAAGUCCGACGGGAAGCUAUGGAAGAUCUUCCAUUUCUGGCAGCCCGGAGCUGCAUCUUCUGCUCACAGUAUCCACUCCGGCAGCCAGAACGGAAGCGUCGCCGGAUCCUCCAACUCCCGUCCUGCCGCAUCCGUCUCCUCCGUUGCCAGAUCCUUGAUUCCGCCUCGGCGACGGCUCCGCCUCGAUCCAAAUAAUAAUCUCAUUUUCCCAUAUGAACCAGGGAAGCAGGUGAGAAGUGCCGUAUUGAUUAAGAAUAUUAGUAAAUCCCACGUUGCAUUUAAGUUUCAAACAACUGCACCGAAGAGCUGUUACAUGAGGCCUCCAGGAGGCGUUCUCGAGCCUGGGGAAAGCAUCAUUGCUACGGUCUUCAAAUUUGUGGAGCAGCCAGAAAACAAUGAAAAGCCCAUGGAUCAAAAGAGCAAGGUCAAGUUCAAGAUCAUGAGCUUGAAGGUUACUGAAGGAACAUAAUUUGUGCCCGAGUUGGUAAGAAUAUAGCUCUGAAAUUAUU